AUGGACGACGACCAUGCCGCGGCACGCAAGGCGGCAGUGACUGCAAUCCAACCAAUUCCUCUCAUUUGCACCAUCUGCCCCAAGACAUCCAAGUUCUCCGAUGUCUCUCAUUUGCUCACUCAUAUCGCCUCCAAGGGCCAUCUGUCCAACAUGUUCAAGCUGGACAUUGCCAAGGUCGCCGAUCACGACGCCCAGCGCCGACUCGACGAGUACCAGGCCUGGUUCGAUCGACACAACAUUCGGGGACUCCUUCAGGAUAGAAGCGAGAACAGGAUUCAGAAAAGCAAUGGUGGUCGUGGCCGCAGUGCUACGCGUGGAGGAAGCCAGUCCCUCAGCCUACGUGGCGGCGGACAUGCAUCAAUGGUGAGUCGCAAUAAGAAAGGAAAGGCUGCUGUGAAAAGAGACAAUCGGCGCCUUGUCGACAGUUCCAUUCCGUCAACCUACGCAAGGGCUACCAGCUACAAUCCCCAGGACGACCUCGACCCCGUCUCAGACUUUGCCGGUUUGCAACAUGUGCAUGCUCAACAACCAUGGGAAGCCGCCCACGGCACUCAGCAGUGGACAACACAUUUGCCUCCUUGGAACGGUGCUUACUUUGAACAUGACUUCCAACAGGAUCUUGACUUGAUUGACGUUGAUCUUCCUCUACCUGACGCAGAUGAGGGAAACAACGAUAUUGAAGUUUCAUCCGUGUAUGAACCGUCCGAAGCUGAGGCCGAGGACGAUGAUGACGAGAUCAACAGCAGCAUUCCUCAGUCUGAAGACACUAUGAACACGACAGUGCUCGAAGACGAUGCUCCCGCCGCACCCCAGCUACGCGAUGACGAUGCGACUGAGCAGAAGCAUUUUCGCAAGUAUCUCAAGGGAGACAUUUCCAAGCUUGAGGGUGUUGGUGGUUUUGAUGCUGCACCCGAGGAUCAACGCAAGAGGCGAAACCAGAAGAAGGACCCUUCUGUCCUAGUCCAUAUGGAGGCUAGCUCUCGAGCUGUUCGAACUGUCGAGCAGGUGACAGAUCUGAACUUCAAUCAUGUUCGUUGGCGGGAUGUCUACGAUGAACCCUCCAUUGCUGGAAGUGAUGAUGAAGAUGAGGAAUCCAAGCCACCGAAGAAGGCAAAGCGAAGCCCUGCAGCCAAGCCUCGCAGAAACACUGCCAGAGCAGCGCGUGCCUCCAAGAUCAAAGUCGAGGAAACGACGUCUCGUGAAUCGAGUGUUGCUCCAGCCACUCGCGUUACUCGCCGAAUGACUCGUCAACGUGGUAGAGCCAGACAGCCGCGUCAGCCAGCCAAGGUUUCUACAGUCCACGCAACAUCUCCAGAGCCUGUGGAACUCCCUGAGAACUCUUCAGUGAAUUCUCUUGCUGCACAAGACUCGGCUCCAUCCACAACAUCCAACGGUACUUCCGUGUCUAGCUAUCCACCAUUGCAGGACGACGGAUUGCCUCGAGAGGAUGACGAUCAAAUGAGAUGUGACGCUCUCACAUAUGAUGUGUACAGAGCCGGUAUGCCUAGUGGCAAUAUCGAUUCACAGCCUGUCAAGGAAUCGGCCGAUUACUUUGUGCCUCAUCGUCGACAGCGUGAUGGUCUCUCUCGGCUCGCACUGCGUUCUCUCAACACCAAUGUCAAUGUCCCGCUGCUGUCACCGACACCAGUCUUCAAGCGCCAUGGACCUGCUCGUCUCUUCUCUGGCAAGGAGAAUGAACAUGGCACUUUUUCAGGAGACUCGCCUGCAGUCUUCAAUCCAUAUAUGCCUAGCUCUGAUACUUUUGGAGAGGGCUCUUUCAAUCCCUUGCGUGUACAGAACCAAGACAAUCCCACCAUUCGAGGUUACCCAUGGGAUGAUAGUUCGAGGUCACUUGCAGCUGGUUUCCAACCUAUCAGCAACUCUGGAUUCAACUCUCUCAAUGUGGGUGCGCAAGAUCCAGCGCUCUAUCGCGCCCCUACAUAUCAAAAUGGUGGCGAGUACGGAAUCUGA